ACCCUUCCCCGGACCCUUGUGGCUGCCCUUUAUUGGUUCAAGACUUUUGGAAAUUAACUUGAGGCAAGUUCGACGCAGCAUCUACUUAUAUAUAUAGUAGAAAGUGGUGAGUCUAAAAAAUCUGUACACUUAUAGAUCUGAGUUGGCUGCUAGCCACUCUUGCUUCAAUCAUAUAUUAAGUAGUCCACUUUUGUCUUUUUAGCACAUUUAAUUUUCAGUACUAAGAUCUUUCAAUGGAAACAGACAUGUCUUUCUUGUCUAAAAGUUCAAGCAGCUCUAGUGAUGAUGAAGUUGGAUUGAGAAGAGGUCCAUGGACUGUUGAAGAAGACAGUCUCCUCGUCAAUUACAUUUCCCAACAUGGCGAAGGCCGAUGGAAUAUGCUUGCACACCGUGCUGGAUUGAAGAGAACAGGCAAGAGUUGCAGGUUGAGAUGGCUGAAUUACCUGAAACCCGACGUUAAAAGAGGGAAUCUCACUCCUCAGGAACAGCUCCUGAUUCUUGAACUUCAUUCCAAGUUGGGUAACAGAUGGUCAAAAAUCGCGCAAUAUCUACCGGGAAGAACAGAUAAUGAAAUCAAGAAUUACUGGAGAACAAGGGUGCAGAAACAAGCUAAGCAUUUGAAGAUUGACUCCAAUAGUGCAGCAUUUCAACACAUAAUUCGCUGUCUCUGGAUACCUCGGCUUGUUCAGAAGAUACAAGGUUCAUCUGCUAUCCCAUCAAUACAGACUUCAUUAUUGGAUUCACAAUAUGGUCCUUAUAAUAUCACAGAAAUUACACAAACCCCACAAGUUUUAAGCUUAGAGAGAAACAGCAUCAGCAGCAGCAGAUGCUGCAGUUCGAGUUCACCUUCGUCAGAAUCCAUGAGUACCAAUAAAUCUCCCAACAUUAUUUCAGAAUGUCCAAAAUUUCCACCUCGUGAGAUGGGUGAUUCUGUUGUCAAUGUUCAUUUUCCGUUUGACGACAACAGUUAUGAUAUGGAUACUUUCAGCCCAGCAACUGGCAACUUUUUGAAUAAUUAUGAUCAAAUGGUGGGUGGAGAAAACAAUCUGAUGAAUGGUGAUAUUUUAGCUGAGAGCUUCUGGAGCAUGGAUGAAUUUUAGCAAUUUCAGUAGAAGGAAAAUAUAAAACUAUGGUCAUCUUUCUUGUUUCAUGUGAUUUUAGAACGAAAUAGUGACCUUACAUCAUGAUAUUUUUACCAAAAAUAUUGAGGUUAUGAACAAUUGUUAAUAGUUGAAAUUGCGUGAUUGAAGUUAGUUUCAUUUUCAACUGUUUCUUUUCUUGAAAAAGCAGAGUACUCUGUUUUCUAUUCCACAUUUCCCAUUAGUGGGGAUUGUAUGUAGAAGUCAAACUGAAAUAAUGUAUAGACUUAAAUACAUGUAUGCAGAAAAGGUUACUAAAAGCUAAAUAAUGAGGGUUAUUCACGCAA